AUAUUAAGUCUUUAAUUAAACUGUCACAGUAAGAAUUAAAAUGAAAUUUAAAACUAAAUCAGUCACAAUUCCAGAGACAAUUAAAAUUGAGACUGAAAAAAAAUCGAAAACAAAAAUUGAAAGAAAAUUAAACGAUAAUUAAACGAAAACGAUAAUUAAAAAACCGCAAUAACCCGGAUUUCGAUUAAAAUCGAAUUCGAAUGUGUCGCCAUCUCUUGUCUUCCAAUUGAAGUGGAAAGAAACAAAAUUAAUUCGAGUUACUUUCAUAAGAACAAUUUAAAUGAUUUCAACCUAAUCAUCGAUCAAUUAUUAACUAUUGUUGAUAUUAUUAUUUAAUUUUAGAAACUUUGGUAAAGUUGAUCAGGAAAUUGAAACUAACUGAGUGUGUCGAUUAACUUUAUAUGGGGAAUUUUCAAGUUUUCUAAUCUUAUGUUAAUCUCAAUAAAGUGAUUAACAAAUAGAAAAGUUAAACCAAUUGAACAACUAAUCUUAUAAUCUGAACUAUUGAUGAGACGACUCAGAAUUUUGUUUGUUGAAAAAAAUGCGCAAAAAGUUUAGUUUCAUGAUGGAAACUGAAUCUCAUUCUGUCUAUAGGAAUUCACGUUCACUUGACAAUUUCAUUUCGAUAAAAAGAAUCGACAAUAAUAAUAAAGUUCUGGUUGAUCCAAUUUUCAUCAUCCUGGGUAAUCGUAAUCAUGAUAAUCGUACCUAUCAAUUCAUUUUGUGAAAUCUUUUGUGAGUCCCCAUCAAUUUAAUACAUUUGUGCAACCAAAUCCAAUCUAAUUUCAAUCCAACAAUUUAGAACAAUUUUUCCUCCAACUCAUAAAAAGCCCGAGGAUAAAUCGUAUUGCCAUUUGGGUGAAAAGUUUUAUAUCUCAUCCUGAUCAUCAUUUCAAUCACUUUGAUCAAAAUUUAUCAAUCGAAAGUUCUCUAUCAUAUCGGUGGUCAUAAUAAUCACCUUACUGACAUUGGAUUUACCUUGAAGGUGAUUGAGAGAUCCAAUUGUUUCCUUGUGUCGGAGGGAAGUUUAUGUUUUGCUGUCUCCAAAAACAAGGUGGUUGUUUUGAACCGGAUGAUAUGGACGCCUCAGGCUUUGGUCCACCGAUUCCGACUAUAUUGACCUUUGGAGGUCAACGAGAUGUUAACCUAACACCUCAGCAAUCAUUAUCAUCGACAUUACCUCAUCAUCAACAUCAACAUCAUCAACAGCAACAACAACAACAUCAACAACAACAUCAGCUUCAACAUCAACAACAAGCUACUCCACCUCUACCAAUACCUCCUCCUCCUAUUCCAGCGUCAUUAACGGGUGCUAAUAACGCUUAUAUUAAUUCAUAUGUACCAGGAGGUGGUGGAAAUCCAGUGAAUCAACAUUCUAGUGUCAACACCAACACCAACAAUAUUAUAAACACAAGUAAUGGUAAAGAACCUUAUUCAGUAAUUAAUCCGAAAAUAUUAACUGGAUCAAUUCAUCGACCCUCACAACCUCAAAUUGAACAUAUUCACGGUGGUUGGCCUAUUGGUUUCGAAAGUGCAAUCUCAGCCACUGUCGGUGAAAGUCCUGGUACAUGUGCUUAUCUUUUGACCAUUUUCUCUGUGAUAAUUAUCGUUCUCUUCUUGCCUUUAUCUCUUUUCUUUUCAAUUAAGGUUGUCCAAGAAUAUGAAAGAGCGGUAAUAUUUCGACUUGGACGCUUGUUACCCGGUGGAGCUAAAGGACCUGGAAUAUUUUUCAUCAUUCCCUGUAUCGAUACAUAUACAAAGGUGGACCUUCGAACUGUUUCAUUUGAUGUUCCACCUCAAGAGAUUUUAUCAAAAGAUUCAGUGACCGUUGCAGUGGACGCUGUUGUCUAUUAUCGUAUCAGUAAUGCGGCCAUUGCAGUUUCGAACGUUGAAGAUUAUGGUCGAUCAACUCGACUCCUCGCAGCGACCACACUACGAAAUGUACUGGGUACCAAAAAUUUAUCUGAAAUCCUAUCAGAACGCGAGUCGAUCAGCCAUGUAAUGCAAACCAGCUUGGACGAAGCGACUGACCCGUGGGGUGUUAAAGUGGAAAGAGUUGAAAUUAAAGACGUUCGUUUACCUGUUCAACUGCAACGAGCUAUGGCUACGGAAGCCGAAGCUGCUCGAGAAGCUCGAGCCAAGGUGAUCGCCGCUGAAGGAGAGCAAAGAGCUUCAAAAGCGCUUCGAGAAGCGUCUGAAGUUAUUCACGAUUCACCUGCAGCUCUUCAAUUACGUUACCUACAAACUUUAAGCUCAAUCGCUGCUGAGAAAAAUUCAACCAUUGUAUUUCCGGUUCCUAUGGAGCUGUUCCGAGGAUUAAUUCCUCAUCAUUUGCAAGAUGAACCCGAACCCGUGAAAAGACCUAAAAGCCAGGCCAAAUCGCCGCCUCUUGGCUCAUCUGAGAAAGGGACAAAAUCAAAUGAACAACAACCACCACCGCCACCACAACCCCAACAACAACAACAACAAACUGAACUUCAAGCUCAUGGAAACUCAGAGCAUGAAAACAAUGCGCUUUUUCAUGAUGUUUCCUGGCCUUUUGCUAAUCUCAUGUUACCUUGGCCGAUGGACGAUUAAAACUGAUGCAACAAUUUAAUUAAUUAAUUAAGGAGGGAAAGAGAUAAAUUAAUUGCUGUUAUUAAUCAUUUGCACUUCCUAUUCAUGUAACACAAUUUACAAAAUAAUUUAAUGAAUCUGAUGAUGAUGAUAAAUAUAAAAUUAUUAGAAA